UUUCAGUUGCUAAUUAUCAGUCAUAAAGUCAGGACGUAUUCUGCGCGUAGAAAUGAGAUUUCAUUUAUUUUACUUGCUGGGUUUGCUCAGUGUGUCGAGUUUAACCCAUGCUGCCAGCAAUCUGAUCUGUUAUUAUGACUCGGCCUCGUAUUUGCGCGAAGGUCAGGCCAGAAUGCAUACGAGCGAUCUGGAAUUGGCCCUGCAAUUCUGCACCCACUUGGUUUACGGAUACGCGGGUCUGAAGGCAGGAACCCAUGAGUUAUUCAGUUUAAACGUGGACCUGGAUAUGUUCUACUACAAGGACAUUACAGCCCUGCGUCAGAAGUUUCCUCAACUGAAAAUUCUCCUCAGUGUGGGUGGCGAUCACGAUGUGGAUCUGGCUCAUCCCAAUAAGUAUAUAGAGCUUCUGGAGGCAAAUCGCACAGCCCAGCAGAAUUUCAUAGAUAGCAGCAUGAUCUUGCUGAAAAGAAAUGGUUUCGAUGGCCUUGAUCUGGCUUUUCAGUUGCCCCGCAAUAAACCCAGAAAAGUACACGGAUCGAUUGGAACCUAUUGGAAGUCGUUCAAGAAACUGUUUACCGGUGACUUUAUAGUGGAUCCCCAGGCGGAAGAGCACAAGUCACAGUUCACCGAUCUCGUGGGGAAUCUCAAAAAUGCUUUCCGAUCUGCUAGUCUUAUGCUUUCGUUGACAGUGCUGCCCAAUGUGAAUUCCACUUGGUACUUUGAUGUCCCCAAACUGCAUCCCCAGUUCGAUUAUAUUAACCUGGCUGCAUUUGACUUCCUCACCCCCCUGAGAAAUCCCGAAGAGGCCGACUAUACAGCCCCCAUAUUCUUCCUGGACGAACAGAAUCGCUUGCCUCAUUUGAAUGUUGAGUUCCAGGUUAAUUACUGGCUCCAAAAUCAUUGUCCCGCCCAGAAGUUAAACUUGGGUAUAGCCAGUUAUGGCAGGGCCUGGAAAUUGACCAAGAAUUCCGAACUGAGUGGAGCUCCAGUUGUUCACGAGACAUUUGGAACUGCUCCAGGAGGUGAGCAAAUCCAGAGUUCCGAGGGAUUGCUAAGUUGGCCUGAGAUUUGCGGCAAAAUAUCGCAGAAUUCAUCCGCCCUGUAUCGAGGAAAGGAUGCGCCCCUCCGCAAGGUCACAGAUAUCACCCAGAAAUACGGAAAUUACGCCCUCCGUCCGGCGGAUGAAAAUGGGGAUUAUGGUUUCUGGGUGAGCUUCGAUGACCCAGAUUUUGCUGGAAUAAAAGCAGGAUAUGUCAGGGGCAAAGGUCUCGGCGGAGUUGCCGUAUUCGAUUUGAGUUACGAUGACUUCCGGGGACUUUGCACUGGCAUGAAGUUCCCCAUUGUGCGAUCCAUAAAAUACUUCAUGGGCUGUCUGGGCAAGCUGCUCAAUCCCGAUCUGGAGAUCGCCUUGCAGUUCUGCAGCCACUUGAUAUACGGCUACGCGGGACUACGGAAUGAAAACCUCCAGGCGUACAGUCUGAACGAGAACCUGGAUGUCUACAAGCAUCAGUUCUCCGAGGUGACCGCCUUUAAGAGGAAGUAUCCCCAUCUGAAGGUUCUGCUGAGUGUGGGUGGUGAUCGCGACAUCGAGGUGGAUAAUCGCAAUAAAUAUAUCGAGCUACUGGAAAGCGAGAAGAUUCGCCAAGUGGGAUUCAUCCGAUCUGCAUUUGACUUGGUCAAGAACUACGGCUUUGAUGGCUUGGAUCUGUCAUAUCAGUUCCCCAAGAAUAAACCCAGGAAGGUUCACGGAGACUUGGGACUGGCCUGGAAGAGUAUCAAGAAGCUCUUCACUGGAGAUUAUAUAGUGGAUCCCAAGUCCGACCUUCACAAGGAACAGUUUACCGCUCUUGUUAGGGAUGUCAAGGACUCUCUGCGAAAUGAUGGACUCCUGCUCAGUCUCACUGUACUACCCAAUGUUAAUUCUACUUGGUACUUUGACAUUCCCGCCCUGAAUGGCUUGGUUGACUUUGUUAAUCUGGCCACCUUUGACUUCCUGACUCCUGCUCGUAACCCCGAGGAGGCGGAUUAUAGUGCCCCCAUCUACCAUCCCGAUGGAUCGAAGGAUCGCUUGGUGCAUCUCAACACUGAAUUCCAGGUUACCUACUGGCUGAAACAGGGAUUCCCAGCGAAUAGGAUCAACGUGGGUGUGGCUACCUAUGGAAAUGCCUGGAAACUGUCCAAGGACUCGGGUCUCGAUGGAGUUCCAGUGGUGCCUGAGACCAAGGGACCAGCUCCCGAGGGUUUCCAAUCCCAAAAGCCAGGUCUACUCAGCUAUGCCGAAAUCUGCGGAAAGUUGUCGAAUCCCCAGAAUCAAUUCCUCAAGGGCAACGAUUCGCCACUGCGAAGGAUUUCGGAUCCCACCAAGAAAUAUGGUGGCAUCGCCUAUCGCCCCGUAGAUGGUUCAAUAACCGAUGGUAUUUGGGUGAGCUACGAUGAUCCCGAUGCAGCCUCCAAUAAGGCAUCCUACGUCCGUGCCCAUAACCUAGGGGGCGUGGCCCUGUUCGAUCUGAGUUACGAUGAUUUCCGCGGUCAGUGCACGGGUGAAAGCCCCUCCGAAUUACGUUUGCUAUUGUUCGUCCGGGGUUUUGGGUUCGUUACGGAGAAUCGGGCUGAGGUGGUUCCACUGAAAAGCUCCACAGUCCACAUUUAUUCCAAUUCCCAGAGCCAACUCUCUGGGUUUAUCUCUCUCUCUGCAAAGAUGACUGGCUCUCUGUGGCUCAGUUUGGCACUGAGUCUGGCUGUUUUGGCUCAAUACCAAGUGAGCGCCACCUCUAAUCUGGUUUGUUUCUACGACUCUCAGGGUUUCCAGCGUCAGGGCCUGGCUCAGUUCUCGAUGACCGACAUAGAGCUGGCCCUGCAAUUCUGCACCCAUUUAAUUUACGGUUAUGCGGGUGUUAAUGCCGAUAACUACGAAAUGCAGAGCAUUAACAAGAGAUUGGAUCUCGAACAGCGCCAUUUGGCAGAGAUCACCAGUUUGAAGGAUCGCUAUCCCCACAUCAAGUUCCUGUUAAGCGUUGGUGGAGAUGCCGAUCUGAACGAUGGCAACCAGUAUAUUAAACUCUUGGAGUCGGGACAGCAGGGUCAUAGGCGCUUCAUCGAAUCCGCUCGGGAUUUAGUGAGGCGUUAUAAUUUCGACGGUCUGGACUUGGCCCUCCAACUUCCCCGGAAUAAGCCCCGCAAAGUUCACGGCGAUGUUGGUUCCGCCUGGAAGAGUUUCAAGAAGUUCUUCACCGGCGAUUAUAUCGUGGAUACCGAAUCGGAUACCCACAAAGUUCAGGUGACUGCCCUGAUCAAGGACCUAAGUGCCGCUCUGAAACAAAAUAAUCUGCUGCUCAGUCUCACUGUUUUGCCAAAUGUUAACUCAAGCUGGUACUACGAUGCCCCAUCGAUUGCUCCCAGCUUGGACUUGAUCAACCUGGGAACCUUUGACUUCCUGACCCCGCAACGCAAUCCCGAGGAGGCGGACUUUUCGGCGCCGACCUACGGGGCCGUUGGAGAUAAUCGCUUGGGACACUACAAUCUGAACUUCCAAAUGGAACACUGGCUGCUCCAGAGAGUGCCUGCCAAUAAGAUCCAUAUAGGAGUUGCCACCUAUGGCAGGACCUGGAAGAUGACCAAGGAAUCGGGUGACUCUGGAAUGCCAGUGGUUCAUGACACCGAAGGACCUGCACCAGCAGGACCUCAGAGCAAAAAGGAAGGCCUCCUCAACUGGGCUGAGAUCUGCCAGCUGAUGCCGAACCCGGGUAACUCCAAUGCCAGAGGACCGGGUGCCCCGGUGAAAAGAGUUAUCGAUCCCACAAAACGAUAUGGCAGCUACGCCUUCCGUGCCGCCGAUGAGAAUGGAGAUCACGGACUAUGGAUCAGCUACGAUGAUCCGGAUUCGGCCUCUGGAAAGGCAAAAUACGCCAGGGACAGGAAUCUGGGAGGAGUGGCACUGUUCGAUUUAACCCAAGACGACUUCCGUGGUCAGUGCACCCAGGAUAGAUUCCCCAUGCUGCGUGCCAUCAAGUACAGACUUCUCUAAGCCCAAUUCAGACCAUAAUCCAGACAUCACCAGCAUGCAAAUGUCACAAGGAAAAUUGUGGGGCAGCUAAAACAAAUGUCAACCGAUCGGUGGCUUUAGGCCUCCUUCUGUGUCUGUCCCUUUUUGCAAAUUAAUUACAAAGUUGUAAACUAAAAUGCACCGCAAAUUAA